CGCGUCGCGGAUGUAGCUACCCCAUUACCCGCCGAACAGCCAGUUUCUCUAGAUUCAUCCGCGGUGGCUACAGCGCGCCUGCUGAAGAGGAAGCGUCCCGCGCGACUCCAGAGGAAACACGCUCUCGGUUUGCGCGUGCGAGUGGCGCUUCAAACAAUAGAAGGUGAAGGUAUAUCCGUGCAGAGAUGUCUGGUGGCGGUGUGAUCCGCGGCCCUGCUGGGAGCAAUGACUGCCGCAUAUAUGUGGGGAAUCUGCCCCCUGAUAUCCGCACUAAAGAUGUCGAAGAUGUCUUUUAUAAGUACGGAGCCAUUCGAGAUAUCGAUCUGAAAAACCGACGAGGCGGACCUCCAUUCGCCUUUGUCGAGUUUGAGGACCCCAGAGAUGCUGAAGAUGCUGUCUAUGCUCGUGAUGGCUAUGACUAUGAUGGCUAUCGUCUACGAGUAGAGUUUCCGAGAAGCGGGAGAGGUAUGGGGAGAGGUGGUUUUGGCGGUGGCGGAGGAGGUGGUGGCGGCGGCGGUGGUGGUGGUGGGGCUCCUAGGGGCCGAUAUGGACCCCCAUCCAGACGUUCGGAGUACAGAGUAAUCGUAUCAGGGCUUCCACCGAGCGGUAGCUGGCAGGAUCUGAAGGAUCACAUGCGUGAAGCAGGUGAUGUAUGUUACGCUGACGUUUUCCGAGAUGGAACUGGUGUGGUGGAGUUUGUUCGCAAAGAAGACAUGACCUACGCCGUUCGCAAACUGGAUAACACAAAAUUCCGGUCGCACGAGGGAGAAACUGCAUACAUCCGCGUGAAGGUGGACGGUCCCCGCAGUCCGAGCUAUGGAAGAUCAAGGUCAAGGAGCCGCAGUCGCAGCAGGAGUCGCAGCCGCAGCAACAACCGUAGCCGAAGCUACUCCCCACGCCGCAGCCGAGGAUCCCCCCAGUACUCCCCUCGCCAUAGCCGUUCCCGCUCUCGAUCCUAAAGCGCUCCACUCUUCUCACCUCUUUGGUGGAGCCCUUGAACCUUUUUGUUUUUUACAGUCUUUACACAUCCCUAUAUGUUUUAAUCCCCCUCCCCUCUUGUUUUGUGAGACAAUUAUGAUCUUAUGAAUGUCUUAUGUCCCCCCCCCAUUGGUUAUUUUUAAACACGUUUUUAAAUGACUUCAUUUUGUUUUGCCCAUCACCUUUUUUUUUUUUUCUUUUUUUUUAAUACGAAAUGGAUAUCUUUUUCAUAGACCAAAACAAAGGGUUAUGUAAUGGCUCCCAAUAUUUUUGUAAAUGCCAUGUAUGUUUCAUGGGAUAGUGAGUUCCACAAUUGUUUUAUGCUGUCUUCCUCUAGAUGUCACACAGAACUGAUGCUUUGUAAUAAAGGAUUACUAAAUCUAUAA